AUGCAGAUCUCGCUUACUACGGUGAAGGGAAAGAACAUAAACCUUGAAGUGGAGGAUAGCUCGGACAUCAUCGACCUCAAGAUCCAUGGACCUACACGUCAAUUGGUUCUUGGCCUUGGUCCGGAUCCUGGUCCGGGUGCAGUCAUGCGGAUUUUUGUAUCGACUAUAAAGGAGAAAACAUUCAUCCUAGAGGUUAAGGGGUCCGAUACCAUUAAAAAUGUCAAGACCAUGAUCCAUGAUCAAGGAGGACCCCCAGUGGACCAGCUGAAUCUGAACUUUCAUGGCACGAAGCUUGAAAACAGUCGCACCAUAGCUGACUACAACAUCAGACCCCACGCGAACCUUGUCAUUAUGCAGAGUGGCAUGCAUAUUUUUGUUAAGACAUUGUCAGGAAAGAUCAUAGACUUAGAGGUGGAACACUCUGAAACUAUUGAUAAUAUCAAGGCCAAGAUCCAGGAUAAAGAAGGCAUUCCACCGGACUUACAGAAGCUAAUCUUUGCCGGGAGGCAGCUUGAAGAUGGUCGCAUUUUAGCGGAUUACAAUAUCCAGAAGCAGUCGACCAUUUACUUGGUACUCCGUCUCUAAAACUUGGCGGCUAAUUUGGAGUUUUAUAUUCAUAUUUCUAUUUUCUUGGUAGUAAAGUCAGUGUUUUAAUAAAUUCAAGAUGUUUUGUUAUUGUUUUUGCUUAAUUUCUCUCUUUAUAAAUAAAUUAAUCAGUAGUCGUUGGAUCUUUCUGUGUUUAUGCGUCACUGACUCACUUCCAUUGUUUGUUUUGCGACUGGUUAAAAAUAAUGGUUAGGAUUUUUAUUGCCUUUA